AUGUUGCCCGUGUCAUUCCUCGUCAUUGCUGUCUCCUUGAUCGGUAAUUCUUAUGGUGCCAACUCGACCAAUUGGUCUAAUGUAACGGGCACUUCCGGUUCUGUAUUUCCCACAAAUGUAGGGAAUUUGGGUGACGUGGCCCCUGGCCUAGCGCCGAUGACGGCCCAGGAUGACCAGUUGAAUUCGACUCAGUUUGUGAAGGGCUAUGGUAUUGAUAUGCGCGACAAACCCCUGGGAGGCAGUGAAUCCUUUGACGUUUACAAUAAUUUUGGACCUUACACCGCCUGGCGACCGGCUGAGAACUUGUUCCCGGAGACAAAUCCGUACCGCAUCAUGCCUUCUCAGUGCCAGUUGAAGCAAGUUCACAUCAUCCACCGCCAUGGAGCACGCUAUCCAACGGAUGGUAUGGAUGAUGGCCCUGGUCUUUUUGGUGCUAUGGUGAUGAAUGGAACGCGUAAUGGUACUUUUAAGGCGACUGGAGACCUAGCCUUUUUGAACCACUGGAAUUACACCCUUGGUCAGGCCCUUCUGGUUCAUCAAGGUGCACAGGAACUUUUUGACUCGGGAGUGAAGCACUAUUAUGAGUACGGACGUCUUCUGAGCAACAUGUCAGAAAAACCGGUCAUCCGCACAACGAGUUCCAGUCGCGUGUUGGACUCAUCCCGCUACUGGACUCUCGGAUUUUUUGGCUGGGAUGCUAACGAGAAAAUGAAUCUGGAAGUGUUAACUGAAGCUCAGGGACAGAACAACACAUUGGAGCCCAAGUACGCUUGCCCCGAAGGUAAGGAGUUCAAAUUCGGAGAUGAGAUGCGUAAGGAAUGGCAAAAAGUGUACUUGAAGGAUGCCUUAAAGCGUUGGCAACAACACAUUCAGGGUUUGAACUUGACCAUCGAGGAUAUGUUUAAUGCCAUCCAGGUAUGCCCAUACGAAACAGCCGGGAUUGGAUAUUCGAAAUUCUGCUCCCUCUUCACGAAGGAAGAGUGGGAGGGUUUUGAAUACGAUGCAGACCUCAAGUUUCAGGGGAAUUCCGGCUUCAUGAAUCCGAUGGGCAAGCCCAUGGGUAUUGGCUACGUGCAGGAGUUUCUGGCGCGUAUCUCGAAGCAGACCAUCACCGACGCAACUAGUCAAAACAUGACCUUGGACCGUAAUGUUACUUAUUUCCCUCUCGACCAGAGAUUUUAUGCCGACUUUACGCACGACACAGUGAUCGUCAACAUUCUUACAGCUUUCAAUCUUACUCAGAUUGCCGAUAAGUUGGAGGCCAAGAAUCCUGACAAAAAUCGCCGUUUCCGUGCUAGUGCCAUCGUGCCAUUUGGCGCUCGUAUUGCCCUUGAGCUGAUGGACUGUGAGAAAGAGAAAGAAAUUGUUCCUUUCAUUCGUAUAAAAAUCAAUGAUGCAGUCGUGCCUCUGGAUGAAGGGCAAGGAUGUGAGAAGCGUCCUGAUGGUCUGUGCGCCAAGUCAGCCUUCGAAAAGCAUCUGAAGGAUAGUAUCGAAGCUUCCCAUUAUGAACUAGCCUGUUUUGGCAAGAAUGGCACCGACUUUACGGAGCCUUCUCAAAGCUUCAACAAUGUCACUGGCACUGCGAACACCACUUUCCCUACUGAUGUGGGGUUUGCUGGACCCGUCAAGUACGAGGGGCUUCCUCUAUUGGCGCAAGAUGAUGCCGUCAACUCCACUGUGUUUCAGAAUAAUGGCUACGGUAUUGAAAUGCGUGAGCCCCCCCUGAAUUCCACCGUGGACCAGGCAACACCCGACGACAUUUUCCGCAACCUUGGCACCACUUCGCCCUACCGUGCCGCGGACGAUCUUUUCCCUGAGACAAAUGCCUAUCGCGCUAUGCCUGAACAAUGUGAGAUCAAGCAGGUUCACAUUCUUCACCGUCACGGCUCUCGCAACCCGACGCUUAGUGCCCAUGAAGCGUCAUUUGUUUUCGGUUCUACGGUCAUGAAUGCCUCGAAAGCAGGCAACCUAAGCGCUUCUGGUGAUCUGGCCUUCUUAAGCGACUGGAACCUGACCAUUGGUGCAGAAACCCUUGUGCACCAGGGCUCACAGGAACUCUUUGACUCUGGCGUCAAGCACUACUAUGACUACGCGCGUCUCAUGCAAAACUAUACCGACAAGCUCGUUCUCCGUACCACUUCGCAGAGCCGCAUGCUGGAUUCUGCUCGCUACUGGGCGCUUGGUUUCUUCGGCUGGAAUGCCUCUGAGCUGGUCAAUCUCGAGGUGCUCACUGAGGCUUCGAAGCAGAACGACACCCUUGCUGCAUACUACAGCUGCCCGAACUCCAACAAGGACAGCUUCUUCCUGGGCGACCAGCUGAGUUCGCAAUGGCAGGAAGUCUACACUCAGGCACCCAUUCAGCGUAUCCAGCCCAUGAUCCCUGGUGUCAAGCUGACACCCAGCCUGUUGUACGGCAUGAUGAGCCUUUGCCCCUAUGAGACCGUGGCUACCGGUGCCUCUCGUUUCUGUGGCCUUUUCACGAAGACUGACUGGGAAAACUACCAGUACGACAUUGACCUGCAGUUCCAGGGUAACUAUGGUUUCAUGAACCCCUCCGGAAAGGCUCAAGGCCUUGGUUGGGUAAUUGAGUUCCUCACUCGUCUCAACGGUACCUCGUUCCAUGGUCCUGUCUCUGGCCAGAACACGACACUGGACAGGAACUCUACCUAUUUCCCUACUAAGCAGCCCCUUUACGCUGACUUUACUCACGACGACAUCAUUCACUCUGCCCUUACAGCUCUGAAUGUAACUCAAAUUUCUGACUUCUUGCCUGCCACCGAAACCAACCCGAACCGCCGGUAUCGCUCCAGCCGUGUGACUCCCUUCGCCGCUCGUUUGGUUUGGGAGGUGAUGGACUGCAAGGAUGAGACGAACAACACAUCUCCCUAUAUUCGUGCCAAGAUCAACGAAGCAGUCAUCCCACUUAACGAGGACCAGGGCUGUACUGCUCGUCCUGACGGACUCUGCAAGCUGUCAGACUUUUGGUCGCACCAGUGGCAGAACGCUCCUAAGGAUGCCAAGUUCAACCUUAUCUGUUUCGGAAAGAAUGGUACAGAUUUCACAGUGACGGGUCCCGUUCGUAAUGGUACCAUUUAG